CGCCAUGGCCAAGAAGAUCCCUGCACAAGCAUUCUAUGAAGAAUAUCACGGGCACCGAGUGGAACAUCUGCGUCACUUGGUGAAUGGCCUACGUGCCAAGAAUCCGCGACGAAGCUUCGUAUACUUGGCAGGGGAUUCGACCUUGGACAACAAGCACUGGCUCUUUCAGGGCGGGAAAAGUUUGCCGGAAGAGAAAUCGAAGAGCGCGGCCUUGAAUGGCUAUGAGGAACUGCUGGAGCCUGCUCUGAUGAUGCACGAUGUGAGUUUCUGGGUGAACUACGAGCUGGCAAAGGCAAAAGUGGAACCGCCCAUCGUGUGCAUCAAUGGAGCGGUAGAAGAGUCGUGCAUCAGUCAGAGGGAAGUGGAAGGUCUAUUGGCACAGGACAAAUUCAUUCGCGACAGCCUGACGGAAGACGACAUCUUGGUGGUAGACGUGGGUGGGAACGAUGUGGCUUUGCGGCCCACCUGCGGGAUUAUCCUGAACAUGGCGCUGCUGCUGUACCUGACGCCCACCUGUCUCAUCCGUUGUUGUCCCUGGCUGGUGCCAGGCAUGUGGUACUUCAUCUACAUGUUCCGCGUGCGGCUGCGCAAGAUCACGGAGAAACUGAUCGCUGCGCGAAAGCCGAAGAAGGUGAUCAUUUGCAUGCUAUACUUCCUGGACGAAUCGCCUGGUGGCAGUUGGGCGGAUGGGACGCUGAAGGCACUGGGCUAUGAUCGCAAUCCCGAGAAGCUGCAGACGGUGAUGCGUCAAGUCUACUCCAUGGCUGUGUCUCGAAUUCGCAUCCCCGGCACUGAAGUGGUGACAUUACCAUUGUACGAGGUCUUAGAUGGAAAAGACACCAACGACUACGUGGCACGUGUGGAGCCCAGUGACCCCGGCGGUCACAAGUUGGCCGUGGCGCUGAAAGACGCCAUCCUCGACGAGCGAACUGCCCAGCAUGGCUCUGCCGCGAGCAAAUUGUGAGUCCGACGGCAAACUGUGUAUACCCAACAGUCAACAAGCUAAAAAACGUGGACCCAC